CGUCGACGCCCGUUGUGCAAACAAAGUCUCGUGCAAACAUCAAGCAGGUUAGUUUGGUCACAGUAGGGGAUUGUGACAUCACAACCAACAUGCCUUUGUUUAAAAAGAAAGAAAACAAGAAAGUUGACGAGAAAUCGAUAGCCACUAGGGGGGGCAAUGCGACAGGGUAUCAGAAGACGGAGGAAUAUAAAAAAGGCAACACUGACGUGCAUAAGAUGAAAACAACAUUCGACGACGGGCAUGGGACAUCAGGGAAAACGAAAACUAAAGCAACGUCGAAUGUGACGGAAUUGUCGUCCAAGAAAGAUAUGUCGGCUGUUAGUGCCAUUACUGAGACGGAAGUUGACGGCGACAAAAUCUCGAAAGUAACGAAAGUUCAAUCGAAUUAUUCGUACAGCGCCACUUUGUCAGGGACUCCGGAGGAAAUUGAGAAACAAAAGAAAAAAAUGAAAAAACAAAUGGAGAAAAGAAAAAAGGAAAUUCAGAAAGAACAAAAGAAAAUGUUAAAAGAUGGACAAGCGAAGAAAUAAUCACCAUUAUUAUUAUUAUUAUUGUUGUUGUAAAUAUUU